AUGCCCCUUCUCUUGUUUUCUCUCUCCUCGUACCCCACCUCUUGUUUUCUCUCUCCUCGUACCCCACCUCUUUUUUAUUUCUCCUCUUAUCCUUCCUUUGCUUUUCUUUCUUUUUCUACACCUCAUGGUUAUUCUCUCUCCAUCCAUCCCUCAUCUCAUAUCUCCUCCUACUACUCCUCUGAUUUUCUUUCUCCUUUUACUCUUCGUCUACAAUCACCCCCCUCCACACACACACUUGGUUCUCUUUCCUCCACUUCUUUCUUCCAUUUGGGUUAUCAUGCUUUCAUCUUUUUUUUGGUUCACUCCUCCUCUUCCCCCUCUCGUUUCUGUUCUUUUAUCUCUCCAAUUCUUUCUUCAUACACUUCACUUCUAACUCCUCCUCCUCUUCCUUUCAUCAUACUCUUCACUUCUAACUCCUCCUCCUCUUCCUUUCAUCAUACUCUUCACUUCUAA